CAUGCGGUCCUGGAGUCGAGUCAGGGUGGCCAAAUGCCAGAUGCUGGUCACCAGCUUCUUUGUCCUGCUACUGGGCCUCUCUAUGGCCACCUUGGCAGCCAUCAGCUACUUCGGGGCCCACUUUGCUGUCAUCGGCCGCGCAUCCUUGGACAGGACCCCCUAUGAGGCCACACGCCGCUGGGCCUUCUGCACCAGCGUCAGCCUGGCCGGGCUCCUGACCCUGGGAGCCGUGCUGGGUGCUGUAGCCACCGUGAGGGAGGCUGGGGGCCUCAUGGCAGGGGGCUUCCUGUGCUUCGCCCUGGUGUUCUGCGCCCUUGGGCAGGUGGCCUUCUGGAGAUUCCACAGCCCCACCCAGGUGGAGGACGCCGCCUUGGACGCCUACGACCUGGCGUUUGACCAGGCGGUGAGGGGCGCGCCCGGCGCCCGGCAGCAGCAGCUGGUGGCCAUUCAGGACGCGUUCCUGUGCUGUGGGAAGAGCUCUCCUUUUGGCCUCCUGGGGGGCGCGGAGGUCAGUCUGUGUCCAGGAGAGGCGGCGGCCAGACAGGACUGCCUGGUGGGGAUCAGGAGCUUCCUGAGGACGUACGGACACAUCACCUCCACCCUCACUGGCAUCGGUCUGGCCUCCAUGGUGUACGCCAUGGUGCUCAGCUCCUUUCUCUGGUUCGCCAUUCGCUCUGGCUGCAGCCUGGACCGCAGGGGCAAAUACACCCUGAGCCGCAGAGCCUGUGGCUGCCGGCCCCAGGAGCCCAGCUUCUUCAGACUCCCAGGGGGGCCCACGCUCCGGCGCCCGACCGAAGCGGACGUUCUCGAUGGCCGCCUGGGUGCCUGGGAGCGAGCGGGCCCUCGGGGGGACCCUGGGCUCCUCUGGGACCGGCAGACACUGCUUCAACCACCUGUCCGGCCACCUGUCUGCCCACAGAGGCUGAGUCCGCCCGAGCUGAGCCUUCCGAGGGGGACGUGAGGUGUCUCCUGCCACAGCGCGGAGGGACAGGGAAGGAAGAGGCAUGGUCCCUUUCCGCAGACAAGGGGACCAGAGGUCACUCAUGGACUUGUGGGACAGGCUGGGGAGUGGUCAGAGCAGAGAAGCCACAGGCAGGCUUGGCUGGACGCUCUGCGUGCUCUCAUGAGGUCAGAGCCCUGGGCCGAGCCCGGCCGGGCUCCCCACAGGCCGCAGGCUCCGGGGACCCCCCCGCUUCCACGCUCAGUGCGGCUGGUGGUGGGACACAGGUCCAUGUGGCUGGAGGACCAGGCCCCCUCCUUGCCGCACGUCAGCAGACCACCCCGUUCCUUCUCAUGUGGGGCCUUCACCUCCAAGUCAGCAGGCAAGCCCGUCCCCUCGUGCUGAGACCUCCUGGCUUCCCCUCCCUCCCGCCGGGGAGCUCACUACCUGCAAGGGCUCCCGUGGCUGCGGGAGGUCCCCUGGGAACCUCGAGUCUCUGGUGGAAACCCCACACUUCUGGUGGGGUGUUCACAGGCGCCAGGGCCAAAGGCGAGACUUCUGGGGGUGCAGGAGGGCACCGCAGACCUCCUGGGUUCCAGGCCGCUCCUGCUGGA